AUGGCUUAUCAAAGUAUGUACAAACCAGCGGGGCUUUCCCCCAAAGAAAAGAGCUACUUAAUAUGCAGCUGCCAAUCUAGGUCCAAUCGUUAUAUUAAACUCAAAACCCUCGCGUUUAAUGCUAUGAAACAAAACAAGAUUUUCUCUAUAUACGGCAGUUGCAACCCUGUCCGGAAAGCAUUAUUGGAACGGGGGUGGGUUGAGAAGAUACCAACAAAUAGAAUGAACUUAUCGCAAAUACGAAACGGAAAAUAUAAGAUGAAAUCAGAAAUACACGGGGAAUUAGAGAGGCUGCUACUCUCCAAUUUGGUUGAAAAGGCAACUCCAAAUUUUAUAUGGAAAACGAAAGACGAAGAUAAUGACACCAUCGAUAUGAGAAACGAAAAUUCCACUAUGGUAAAUAAGUUAAAAAUUGAUGCAUUGUGGACUACAAAACAGGGUCUUUGUUCAUCCAUAAAAAGAAAUUAUUGGUUUAAUAUCGAUGAUGUCGCUGAAGUGAACUGUCCUCGGACAUACAACAGCGCUGAAGUGGGCGAAAUAGACGACUUCAUAAAGGAUUAUAAAAUGACUGCUUGCACCAGUUUGUUGAAGUGGGUGCUCUCAAUGGUGGCCAAUGAUAAGCCCGUUUUUCUCGAUAUAGGAAAAGUGUCCAUAAACAUCAUUAUAUUUGCAUUGAAUAGAUGUAAAGAAUAUCUUUAUAGAAAGCAAAAUAAAGACAUUGAUCGUCCCCUCAACUCUGUUAGUUCGGGCCAGUGGAAUUCAUUUCUGAAGAAAUAUUACCGCAUUAUUGAAAAAGAAGACGUUUUUAAAGCGGAAGAAGAAAAUAAAUUAAAGCUUUAUCUAUGUUAUGCAAAAUUUUUGCUAAGAGAGAUUCACAAAUAUCGACCUCAGUUGAGCUGUGAAGGAUGCCAUAAUAUAUGGAUCAUUAAACCUGCUAAUUGCUCCAGGGGUCGAGGGAUAAGAAUGGCAUCCAAAUUAGGAGUUAUGACGAGCUUAUUAGAAAAGGUCAAUAAUAAAUAUGUUGUUCAGAAAUACAUAGAAGAACCUCUCCUGAUUCACGACACUAAAUUUGAUAUAAGACAAUAUUAUCUGGUGACUAGCACAUAUCCUCUUGUUAUUUGGUGUUACACUGAAUGCUACUUGAAGUUUAGCUCCCAAAAAUACAAUCUCAAGAAUUACCACGAAUCUAUACAUCUUACAAAUAACGCUGUACAAAGGAAAUAUAAGAAUUGUUUGGACCGCCAUAAAGAAUUACCUCAGCAAAAUAUGUGGGAUCUUGAUACCUUCAAGAACUAUUUAAUAAAGGUCGGUAAAGAUCAGGUGUGGGAUAAGAUAAUAUACCCGGGGAUGAAAAGAUCUAUUAUCGGUAUUAUGUUGAGUUGCCAAGAUUCACUAUCGGUUAGCAAGAACCGCUUCGAGAUGUACGGAUGCGACUUCGUGCUGGACAAAGAGUACAAACCUUGGCUGAUUGAAAUCAACUCUUGCCCAGAUUUGAACCACACCACUCAUGUUACUGCGAAAAUUUGUCCAGCUGCCAUUUCAGAUAUUAUCAAAGUUGUCAUUGAUCAUGCUGCAAAUCCAAAAGCAUCUACUGGAAAUUUUGAAUGCAUCUACCGCCAGCCCAUGACUAUACCCCGGUAUGGGACCGCCGCUGAUUUGUUUGUUAGAGGACAUGCACUUCCGAACGACUACUUCUAUAAAGGGAACAUUGAAAUUAAGGAGUCCUAUGAAGAUCCCAAUAUAGGCAAAGAGAGAGACCUGAAAAUGGUCCUCCAAAGGUUGAAACGUUAUUAUGACAUAGAUAUUAUGAUACAGCCGGAAGACAUGGAUUGGGAAAUAAAGGCAGAAAAAGAAACAUGUACUCACACUACAGAGUCAGAAGAGAAUAUGACAGCAGCAGCUUCCGUGAUAACAGAGCAAAUAAGAGACUUGCUGGACAGGAUUACUUCUGAGAACACUAUUAGCAACAAAUCGGGUAUGUCCCGUAAGAAAUCGGAUCCGAUACAAAGCAACACGUCUUUGACGUCGCUGAAAGCAACCAGCCGCACGCAUAGUGUUACCGACAUCAAUUCUUUGCUCGACAAGUCCAACAGUCUCACUAACAGUGGUAGUUUGAAGAAAGCGUUCAGUUUUAGUAAAUUAGAUGAUGGACCCUUGGGUAAGGCAAGUUACUUCGAGAUAUUAAAUUUCGUGACGUUCCCCAAUGAAAACAAUUUUGCAGUGGGCACUCCCAACAAUGAUGAUAAACAAUCAAUUUGUUCUAAACAGAUUCCAGAAGCGGCAAUGAAAAUCAUUUCUUUUAUAAAUAUGAAAGAAAAAGAGUACUUAGGCGAGUAG